CUUUGACUUACGACUUACUUUAGCUUUGCUUCAAUAAAUUGAUACUUAUAAAAUGUUCAACAUGGAAAUGAAGUUCAUAAGAAUUUAAUCUCUGAAAACAUGAAGCAAAAGAUUGUGAUGAAGGUUUACAUGAACUGUCAAAAGUGUCGCACCAAAGCGUUCAAGGUUGUAGCUUCAACAUACGGUGUGAAUUUUGUUGGGUUAGAGGGAGAAGAGAAAGACAAGUUGGUAGUUAUUGGAGAGGGUGUAGAUGCUGUCAAGUUAAUUAAAUGGUUGAGGAAAAAAGUUGGACAAACUAAUAUUUUAAGGUUAACCGAAGUUAAAGACGGUUGAAAAAUUGAAAAAAAACAUAUUUUUUUUGUAUCUUUUAUUUUUGUUGUUUCGACACAUCUUUUUGUAUGGGUUUGAAAUUCCCAUUAUGUCACUAAAUUG